AUGCCACCAAAAGGAAAGACUGCUGAAGAAAAACAACAUCAAGCUCAUUUGAAUAAUCAUGCUAAUCAAUUAAAUUCAAACAAUGAACGCUUUCAUGAAAAACAUGAGCCGGAAGGUUGGAGGGAAAACAAAACAGCUAUGGAUUUUCGUGCAAGACAAUUGAAUCCUUGCGAUCCAAUUUUUCAAGCACCAAAAAAAUAA